CUCCUAUCUGACUGAUACGGAAAAGCUUCAGUGAGGCAAUGACUUGAAGAUCUGAGGUAAGUUUUGACAGACAAUUCGGAUUAAAGUGCCGGAAGGUGAACAAGCUCAAGAUAUAUAGACUGCUCAAGGAAGCAGAAUAGAGACAGAAUAAAGUAAAUGCACUCUCCUUCUCUCUGCAGACAUAUUACUAGACACUCAUCUGCACACACAACCAUACUUCACUCCUCUCCAACUCUCUCAAAUCUAUCAUCUCUUCCACUAUUCACCUCAAUCCCCCUCCUUCAUCCCACACAAUGGCACCAACAAAGUACGCCGACCGAACAAUCCCAAAAAUCUCCCUCCACGACUUCUCGAACCGCAUCGACGAAAUCACCCAACAACUAGUCCACGCCGCCGAAACCGACGGGUUCUUCGGCCUCAUCAACCAUGGCAUCUCCCUCGAAGAGAUAGAAACCAUGUUCUCAACCUCAGAAUCCUUCUUCUCUCUCCCAGACUCAACAAAGUCCACUGUCCCAUUCACCCACCUCAACGCCGGCUGGGAGAAGAACGCUCAGAUCCGGCCCUCAACAGGUCAACCGGACCAGAAAGAGAGCUACCAAAUGCAAUUCGGCGCCAACAUGUCGGGUCUCUGGCUCCCCGAGUCCACAUUACCGGGCUUCAAAAGUGCCUCCUUGGAAUUCAUGAACAAAGCGCAAUCUGUAUCCGAAAAGCUUAUGAUCUGCUUUGCACGAGGCCUGGGAUUCGAUGACGAGUAUUUUAUCCGCGCUCACGAUGUCUCGAGGCCAGAGUCCCAGACCGUUCUGCGCCUUCUACAUUAUUUCGAAGUCGACAAGAGCGUGCCUGUACCAGAGGGUUAUUAUAGAGCGGGCGCACAUGUGGAUUGGGAUUUCAUCACGCUGUUGUUCCAACGUUCUGGACAAAGCGGGUUGGAGAUUUGUCCUGGGCGAGAAGUGUCUACUGGGUUCGGUAUUGGUGAUGUCUGGACGAAGGUCGAACCUGCGCCGGGAGAAAUUGUUUGUAACAUUGGCGAUCUCUUGAUGAGCUGGAGCGAUGAUCGGUUCAAGAGUACAUUUCAUAGAGUCAAGACUCCUACCGAUGCUGAGAAGGAUUAUUUUGGGCCGAGGUACAGUAUGGCGUUCUUCAAUCAGCCGUGUACAGAUGCGGUCAUCCAGGGACCUGGAAAGAAGUAUGAGGCUGUUACUGGGAAGCAGUUCACGCAGGCGGCGAUGAACAGGAAUUUCGCGGCGUUGAAGGCGAAGAAAGAGGCAUUGGAGGGGGUUAAGAUGGAGGCUUCUGUGGUUGCUUCUUGAACUGAUUUUAGUACAUAUUAGCUUAGCAAAUGAAACAACUCGCGACAUAUCUAGGUCAUAUGUACUCUCUUCUGAUCCGAGAAUCUGCGUGCCUGGUUCGUUUCCAUUGGCAUCUCCGCUAAGAAAGCGCUUAUAUGAAGAUAAUCAAUAUCUGGACUCGGAAACUGAGCUUUAGACUAGAUAAUAUUGCAAAGUUGGUACAUUACUUUAUCCUACUUGAUAUUCUCCAUUGAAGUCGGACGUUGAC